AUGCUAUUUCUUUCUAUUCUCCCCCUUCUAGCCUUUGGGCUAGUCUGCUUUGCGCAUCCACUUGAAAAGCGACAGUCAACCUCAACCGAUUCCUUCAAGCUGUAUGCCUAUGGCACUGGCAUUAGCGGACUGCCCGUCUUCUACAGGAAUGGUACUGCCCAAGUUGCAGAUGUGUCCAAAGUAGACACAACCACAAUGGCCGCAAUGACCCCAAUCAACUUCACCGCCGCCACUGACAACACCUGGGUUGCACACCCCAUUUCCAGCUCCAGUGCCACGGCGGACUUCACCACCCUCUCUACCGAUACCAACAUGCUGUGUCUAGACCAAGGCGAUACAGCGGACUCCAACCCAGUUGGAUUCACUGGUGCAUCCGCGGCGGACCAGUCGACCACAACCAAGCUCAGUAAUGUGUGGUCCACAUAUGGGGGCUACGUCCUAGUCACCGUGAGCGGGGCCAACUUCUACGCGAGACAGGCUGACACAGACGGCGUGUACUCUCUGCUUUGGAGUAGCUCGGCUGAGGCGAUGACUGAUACUAUACCGCUUGUGCUGCGGACUACUGAGCCCGCGACGGUAUCUGUAUUGACUUAG